UUGGCACCACUCACAUCUGGAAUUCAGACGGGGACACUCGAGUACGCCAGCGACGUCAAGGAAAUUAUCGAUUUUCGCAUGUGAAGUGAAAAAAGUGACUCCGUUGGCAAAAACCGUAGGCUUAGCAGUGAAUUCCAGUGCAAUUCCAAUUAAAAACAGAUACCACUGACUAACUGACAGCCCCAGCUAGCCUGUAGUGGUGGGCGUGGCAGCUGGUCGGACAUGGCCGACAGCGAAUUCGAGGAGUUCCACAGGCCCAUAUUUGAGCCACAUACGAUUGCUGGAUUCGGUUCUGGAGCAGGCAGCAAGAAGAACAAUCCCCAUGCAUUUUACUCUUUAAUUCCCAACGAUGACCUGGAGGACUCGCACUCCUCGAAGAGCGAUGGCGACGGCUCCGAUCAGGAGGAUGGCAUGGGUCUCGUGGAUCACGAGCCCAAGAUGCGUCAGGUGGAGGACGAUGAGCUGGGCGACGGCCUGAAAGUCACUCUGUCCUCGGACGGCUCACUGGACACCAACGACUCUUUUAACUCGCACCGGCAUCAUCCGUUGAAUCACCAGGACGCGAUUGGUGGCUUCCUGGGCAUGGACACCAGUGGAUUGGGUGGCAACAGUGCUCCUGUGACCAUUGGAGCCAGCACAGAUCUGCUGGCACCCAACACAGCUGCCACACGACGUCGUCGCAAGUUGCCGGAGAUACCGAAAAACAAGAAAUCUUCCAUUCUGCAUCUUCUAGGUGGCUCCAACUUUGGCUCCCUGGCGGAUGAGUUCCGCAACGGUGGUGGUGGAGGUGGAGGAGUACCGCCAGUAGUUCGCGGUGGACAACAGCGCUCAUUUCUGUCCCUCAAGUGCGGCUACUUGAUGGACGAGGACUCCAGUCCGGAUUCGGAGAGGAUGCAGAGUCUGGGCGACGUGGACAGUGGUCACAGCACGGCGCAUUCGCCCAACGACUUCAAGAGCAUGUCGCCGCAGAUCACGUCUCCCGUUUCGCAGUCCCCUUUCCCGCCGCCCUUCGGGGGCGUGCCCUUUGGCCAGCUGGAGAUGCUGGAGGCCACGCACCGCGGGCUGCACAAGUUUGUGCCGCGGCACCACGACGAGAUCGAGCUGGAGAUCGGCGACGCCAUCUAUGUGCAAAAGGAGGCCGAGGACCUGUGGUGCGAGGGCGUGAAUCUCCGCACCGGAAGGCAGGGCAUCUUCCCCUCGGCCUACGCCGUGGACCUGGACUACAACGAGUUCGAUCCCACAGUGCAGCUGGUGAAGAAGGAGCGCUACCUGCUGGGCUACCUCGGAUCCGUGGAGACGCUGGCGCACAAGGGCACGGGAGUCGUUUGCCAGGCGGUGCGCAAGAUUGUCGGCGAGUACGGCAACUCGCCCACCGGACAGACCUGCAUCCUGGAGGUCUCCGACCAGGGACUGCGCAUGGUGGAUCGAUCGGGCCCGAAUCAAAACAAAAAGGACAAGAAGCCGUGCAUCGACUACUUCUACUCCCUGAAGAACGUCUCCUUCUGCGCAUUUCACCCUCGCGAUCACCGCUUCAUUGGCUUCAUCACCAAACAUCCCACGGUGCAGCGGUUCGCUUGUCACGUCUUCAAGGGCUCCGAGUCCACCAGGCCGGUGGCCGAGGCAGUGGGCCGUGCUUUCCAGCGAUUCUAUCAGAAAUUCAUUGAAACCGCUUAUCCCAUCGAGGACAUCUAUAUUGAGUAGGCUUGCGGGGGCGGUUUGUGCUUCUAGACGAAGGCGAAUUCAUUAAUCAAUACGAUACGAUAUAUUUUUUGUGCGGUUAUUACGAAUAAAAGCAAAGAUAAGUCUCAAGUCUCAAGAAAUAUUUGCUCUUCUUCAAAGAGAAUCUUAAAGCAAAUUCAAUAAGCUCGCAAUAGAAACCCUAGCUAUAGAUUACUCUCAUUUCUCCGUUGCUAAAUACCAUUCUCGGCAAGAUCUUAGACAUGUAAAUAGUUAACUUUUGUUCAAAACUCAAAACUCCCACUUUACACUAAAGCUUCAAGCAAUCAGCAAUAGUUGCCCCUUAUAGAAACACCCUUACACUCGAGUACAUUGCAUAUACACAGAGGCACAACCAAGCACACACACGAUGAGUUGAACUCCCUGAAAGAAAAAUUACCUUGAAGAGCCCAAUUUCGUAUCGGAAAGUCAGUAGCUCAGUUGGGUCUGAAUCUAUUGUAAAUCGGAGACAGCCAAUCUAGAUUGGUUCCAGAUAUCCAGACCCCACUGUGAGCACAUCCCCAUCCUGGCAAUGCACAAAAUAGAGUGAGGCCAAAGUAAUUUAGAGAUCUUCGCGUAACCUUAGUUUAGUUAUGUCAAUCUUUCAGUUACCAGACUCAACAAUAUCGAACAUCAGCUGCUACGUUUUGAAGUAUUCUCAAUUAAAGCCCAGUUUAUGAUGUGUAAACCUUUAAAGUUGUGUACACGCAGGCGAAUAUAUACUGUACAUGUAUACAAACGAAAUAUAUAAAGAACCUAUAAAUCAAA